CUAACCUUGAAAUUUAGAGGCACCCCGGCCGGCACGCUCAUUCACAUCCCUGACACCACCAUCUCGGCCUAUCUUGCCGUACCGCCCCUUGACGCCCCUCCUCACCCCAACACCGCUAUCCUCUUCCUCCCCGACGUCCUCGGCAUUUGGCGGAACAAUCAGCUCCUCGCCGACCGCUUCGCGAGCGCAGGCUACCUCGUCCUGCUCCCAGACCUCUACAACGGCGACCCAUUCAAGCUACACAAGCCCUUCGCCGUCAUCCAUCCUACCGACGACGCGCUCACCGACUGGGCCGCCCACGGCUCUGACGGCAACAACCCGCAUACCACCCAGCAGGUAGACCCCAUCGUCGCAGCCGCUGUCGGGUACCUCGGCUCGCAGCACGGCAUACAACGCGUCGGCGCUGUCGGCUACUGCUUCGGCGCCAAGUUUGUAGUGCGGUUCCUGGGCGGUGGCAGCACCACUGAUGCUUCCAAGAAGAUCGACGUCGGCUUCCUGGCCCACCCCAGCUACGUGACCGAGGAGGAGCUGUGGGCGUCGCGCGGCCAGCUGAGCAUCGCCGCCGCCGAGACGGACUUGAUCUUCACGGCUGAGAUGCGCCACCGCACCGAGGACAUCUUGCAAAAGAAGGGCGAAGUGUGGAGCAUUGCGCUGUACAGUCAGGUAGCCCACGGGUUUGCCGUUCGGGGAGAUCCGGAAAGCAAGACCGAUCGGUGGGCGGAGCACGAGGCGUUUGGGCAGGCAACGAGGUUCUUUGAGGCGUGGUUGUGA